CUUCGCACAAAUUGCUACCACAUGACUGCAGCCCUUCUGCGCGCGCACGUACACACUUCAUGACUGGGCAGCAGGCUUUCGCUGGCUUGAUGUAAACAGAGUGUAGCUUCGCUUUGUUACCGCAUCUCCGGGGUUGCGUCUCGCUCCAGCCAUGCGAUGGAUAUUUUAUGGCAAUACCAAUUCAGAAUCAUUCUGCUAGGGGACUCAACUGUGGGGAAAUCGUCUUUGCUUAAGCGCUUCACGGACGGAAUCUACAGCGAUGUGGCGGAUCCGACAGUCGGUGUCGAUUUCUAUGCCCGGUCGCUGGAAAUUGAACCGGGGGUGAAAAUCAAACUGCAGCUUUGGGAUACGGCUGGACAGGAGCGGUUUAGGUCAAUCACCACCUCCUACUACCGCAACUCGGUGGGCGGGCUCCUGGUGUUCGACCUGACCAAUCGCAAGACGUUCGAGCACGUGAGGGAGUGGCACCGGGAGGUGAGCGAGCACGUGCUGCCCCACCACAUGGUCUACAUCCUGGUCGGGCACAAGAGCGACCUGGGCCGGGACCGCAAGGUGCGGCGGGAGGAGGCGGAGGACCUGGCGGCCGCGCUGGGCGUGCGCUACGUGGAGACCUCGGCCAAGUGCAACAGCAACGUGGACCGGGCCUUCGAGCUGCUCACCCGGGACGUCUACGAGCUGAUGAAGAUGGGCGAGAUCAGCACCCGCGAGGGCUGGGACGGCGUCAAGAGCGGCCUGAGCGCCAAGGCGCUCUACCCCGCCGAGCAGGAGGAGGAGGAGGCGGCGGCCCAGCGGGAGAAGAGCUGCAACUGCUGACUGACCUUUGACCUCCGACCCCAUUUGCCCCCCCCUGACAAAAAUCUCCUUCCAGCCACUCUUUUCCCCCCUUCGGUCCACCCUCGGUGAGGUGGCAGGACUUAGCUCCCCCUGUGACAUCAUCGCCCCUCACGCGUUGGACGGCCUUUCGCUGAGGAAGCGCUGCGCCUGCCCUGCCGCACCUCUGACCUGCGCGCGCGUGCGGUUAGCGGCUGUGCUCGUGCGGAGCGCCGUCGGGUUCAGGUUCAGGAGGCGCCUGGCUCUCCCCCCUCAGAGGAUCCGCCCGUCUUCUCGGAACUGCAAGCUGGCAGCCCUUUCUUUUCCCCCCUCCCUCGAGAUGUUGCACUUUGGAGCUAGUUGCCAUGGUCCCCCCCCCCCCCCC